GAUCAUGAAAAAGUGACGACUUGAGAAGGAAGUCGUUGGAAAUUUCAAGUCCUCGAUAUGCCCACGAAGCCGCACCCAAAAAGAUGAACAGAACGAAAAUUCAACGGCGCGUGAUUGGAAGAGCAACGAAAUGAUUGCUGUUCAUAUAUGAAUGAAUGUUUUCUUUCACCGUCUUCCUCGCCGAGAUCCCCUCCUCCAUUUUCUAGGGUUUCUUUGGAUUUCAUCGUUCUCCUCUUCGAUUCGUUGGAUGUUUUCGAUUCUUCUCACGAACUGAGGUAUCUCGUUUCUUUUGAAUUAAUGGCGGCUGUUCUUGAGCUUUUACGCUGAAUUUUGUGGAUUUUUUUUAGUAUUUUACUCUGUUUGACUGAAAAUUUGAGAUGGCGUUUCGGAAUUUUUUACUCUCUUAGAUCUUGUAAACUUGUUUGCUGGCUUAGUUGUUCUGUUUUUGAGAUUCGAGCUUGUUCUUGUGUUAGUGAGAAAUUUCCAAUUUCGGAAAUUUUGUUGAGGUCAAAAUUAUAGUCUGGAAAUGUUGGGAGGACAAUCUAGUAAGAACAAAUCAGGUGGUGGAAAUAUUUCUCCUACUCCCUUCCCCACCAAUGUUGAUUCUCAGUAUGCAGCUGCUUUUAGUUCUUAUGAAUCUGAGUAUGAAAACAAUCCAGAUUUGCAAUCCUUCGAUGUUCGAGUGCAGGAACGAACGAGCCGAGCUCUCAAUUCGCUUGCGAACAGAGUCGAGGUCGGUUCGUUAUCGUUCGAUGCACUCAUGGAGAUCACUGACUUUUUACUGGAAAUGAAUGAAGAUGCUGUCAAGAUUAUCCUUGAAAGUAAAGAGGAUGUGUGGAGCAACAAAGAAUUGUUUAGGCUUGUGGAUACAUUCUUUGAUAACAGUCUCAAAAUGUUAGAUUUCUGUGCGGCAUUGGAGAGAAGUCUACGACGGAGUCGGGAUAGCCAGUUCAUUGUUAAGCUCGCUGUCCGACAGUUUGAGAGUUAUGAGAAUGGAGGUGAUGGUGAGAGAUAUGUUAGGACAUUUGAGCAGUUGAAGAAGUUCCAAGAGGCAGGGGAUCCAUUUGGUAAGGAGUUUGGGAAGUUGCUUAAGUCGUUGUAUGAUCGGCAUGUUUCGACGUUCGAUGACUUGCAAUCUCAAAAGACGAAGCUCGACAAGAAAUUUAGCUCCAUGAAGACAUGGAAGAGAGUGUCGAAUGUCAUUUUCAUUACUGCAUUUGCAUCGGUUCUGAUCUUCUCCAUUGUAGCAGCUGCAAUGUCUGCACCUCCUGUGGUGAUUGCAUUGGCUACUACAUUGGCUGUUCCGAUGGGGCCGAUCGGUAAAUGGUGUAACACGCUAUGGAAUCGUUACUUGAACAGCAUCAAAGCCGAUAAGCAAUUUAUGAGCUCUAUGGAAGGUCACACUUACAUAAUUCUGAAGGACCUUCAGAACAUUGAUGUGCUCGUGCGGAGAUUAUCGAAUAAGUUAGAUUCGUUGUUGCAGAAUGCCGAUGUUGGCAUUCGGGAACUCAGUGCUAUGCAGCUCGUAAUAGACGAGAUCAAGAAAAACCUUGAUGGUUUUGAUGAGACCAUUGAGAAGCUGAGUGUUCAUGCUGCCAAAUGCAGCUCAGAUGUAACCAAGGCAAGGACAGUAAUCCUUCAGAAAAUGGCAAGGCAUCCAACAGCUGAUUAGCUUUGGAAAAUAGAGAUAUGAGAAACUCUUAUUCUCUAUAACUCUUAUUGUCUAUAUCUAUUUAUGAUAAUCUAUGAUGAACACCAAGAUCUCGUUACUUCUUUGUUUCUUCUUUAUAUGGAUGUGGGUUAAUGUACUUAAAUUGUGAUCAAGGCACCCAUUGACUUGGUUUAUAGGUUCUUUUAAAAUUAGCUUCGGCUUAGAGAAAUGUAACGACCCUUAAGAAAAUGUGUAUAGUUUGCUCCCCGUCUUUUGUGGAAGAAUGUCUUAAAUGUUGUCCAAA